GAACCUCACGGUCCGGCAGUGUCUGGCUGCAGCUAUAACAAGCGUCCUGGCAGAGCCGUUUUCGUCUCGAGUGCCCAAGCAAAAACCGGUCGUCGGACGAACUCAAGCGACUCUCAGUUCGUCUGGAGCAUCCAAAAGGCCAAAGCUUGCCGCUUUCCCGAAGACAGUCAUCCAAUUCCUGAUGCCAGUCCUGGGUAUCCCUGGGGCAUCAUCCCAUCCAUUCCUGGGACUGACUGGUCAUGUCAGUGAAUAACCGCCGUUUUCGCAAGAGAAAUGGAAAAAAUCUGGGGUAGACAUUGCAAUCUACAGGCCGCAGAGAGGGCAAUAUCUCGCAGCAUCGGGAUUCGCCUGGAUGAUUUGAGCCUGUGGGUAGUAUUCCCAAGCUGGACGCAACACCGGACAGUGUGGGACAAGCGAGACGGCUGGUCAGAUUUGUGCUAUGGCGAAAUGAAGUGUGAAGGAAACGUUUGGCAUUGCGCAAAGCCACGAGAAGAGAUCAGGAGAGAUGACAUCGUACCUGUGUACGCAGUAGUUCGUGCUGCCGGAGCGGAGCAUCUGAUGCAGAGCGUUCGUUCGGUUGAUAUGCGCAGGCCGCAGGAGAGAAGGCAGGAGGUGGCAGGUGGCUGCUAUAAUUAA